CCGCACGCCAACUUAAUGGGACAACAAUGGUGCACGCCUCGGUGGCAGGAUCCGUGGCUGCUGGUCGUUUAGGAGACCGGGGAUUGUGGUCAAUGUGACAUUCACUUGCACGCUGGUGUUGAGUUGGGUUUUUUUUGUUCUGCUCCUAUAGACGCAGGCAGAGCAGCGAUUCUCUGAGAAGAUGUUGAGCCGAUUCAUGAGUGGCAGCAUCAGGAAUCUUGAGCGGGAAUACAGCUGCACCGUCAGACUGCUGGAUGAUACGGAAUAUACGUGCACCAUUCAGCGGGAUGCAAAGGGACAGUAUCUGUUUGACCUCAUCUGCCACCACCUCAACCUGCUGGAGAAAGAUUAUUUUGGCAUCAGAUAUGUGGAUCCAGACAAGCAGAGGCACUGGUUGGAGGUCACAAAAUCAAUUGCUAAGCAAAUUAAAUCUCAGCCUCCCUUCACCAUGUGUCUCAGAGUCAAGUUCUACCCUCCCGAGCCUGCUGCUCUCAAGGAGGAAAUCACUCGAUAUCUUGUCUUCCUGCAAAUCAAGAGAGACCUCUACCACGGCCGGCUCCUGUGUAAAACCUCGGAUGCAGCCAUGCUUGCUGCCUUCAUCCUUCAAGCUGAGAUUGGUGAUUACGACCCCGGGAAGCAUCCUGAAGGUUACAGCUCCAAAUUUCAGUUCUUCCCUAAACACUCGGAGAAACUGGAGCGCCGGAUUGCAGAUAUACACAAGACAGAGCUGAUUGGACAGACGCCCGAAACAUCAGAGCGAAAUUUCCUGCAGAAAGCCCAGAUGCUGGAGACAUAUGGUGUUGAUCCACAUCCGUGCAAGGAUGUAUCUGGGAAUCCAGCUUUCCUCGCAUUCACACCAUUUGGUUUUGUGGUCCUUCAGGGAAACAAGAGAGUUCAUUUUCUCAAAUGGAACGAGGUAACCAAACUGAAGUUUGAAGGCAAGACAUUCCACAUAUAUGCAAAUCAGAAGGAGGUCAUCUUAACAUACUUUGCACCCACACCUGAGGCAUGCAAGCACCUGUGGAAGUGCGGAGUGGAGCACCAAGCUUUCUAUAAGCUCGAGAAAUCAAGUCAGGUUCGCACGGUGUCCAGCAGCAACCUGUUCUUCAAGGGCAGCCGUUUCCGUUACAGUGGGCGAGUGGCAAAAGAGGUGAUGGAGCAGAGUGCCAAAAUCAAACGCGAGCCUCCAGAAAUACACAGGGCUGGCUUAGUUCCCAGCAGAAGUUGUCCAUCCAUCACCCAUGGUCCCCGCCUCAGCAGUGUGCCACGCACGCGUCGGAGAGCCGUGCACAUAUCUAUCAUGGAGGGUCUGGAGUCCUUGCGUGACAGUGCCCACUCUACACCGGUGCGUUCAGUGUCCCAUGGGGAAUGCUUCAUGCCACGCUCCCGGAGCCAGGCCACAGACGCCAGCGAAGGGACGGCGGUGAUCUCAGAUGAAGCCUACAGCCCCUCUGACAGCGUCCUGCCCACACCGGUGGCCGAGCACAGCAUGGAGCUGGCCGUCUCGCGCCAGAUCAAUGGGGCGCCCUGCAGCAUCGAGGAAGAGAAGGAGUCAGAAGCGGGAACCCCUUCGUAUGGGGAAGGGGGUGAUUUUGGUGCGGACAGUAGAUCAGCACGAGAGGGUGCAUGGGGGGACUCGGCACUCAGCGAGGUAGAACAGGUGAAUAAGUUUGUCUUAAGUGUCCUCCGUUUACUCCUUGUGACCAUUGGACUCCUCUUUGUCUUGCUCCUCCUCCUCAUCAUCCUCACCGAGUCAGACCUUGAUAUUGCAUUUUUACGUGACAUCCGCCAGACCCCCGAAUUUGAGCAGUUCCAUUACGAAUACUUUUGUCCCCUCAGGCGGUGGUUUGCCUGCAAGCUCCGCUGGGUGGGCGGGUUGCUCAUUAACAAGUGAGAGUGAGGUCGUAGAGUUCGUAAGCCCGUUCGGGGGUCUGAGAAGACGGUUAGGACUCCGGAGUGAUGGAGGGCAGCCUCGUCCCAACCAUGAACCCUGCUUCUCUCAUCAUCCUCCUGCAGACAUACAGCUUGGACCACUCCUGGUAACACUGGCCCAGGAUCUCUCUUCCCCUCCACUUUGAGUUA